AUGGGUUGUGGCGCUAGCAAAGCGGACGUAUCGACUAAGCCGGAAAAAGUUCAGGCAGAGGACAUGGAUAACAAAGCAUCCAAGCCUGCUGAUGAGAGCGCUGGAGAGGAGUUCGCCUUGCCAACGGUAAAGGGCAGCCUGCCAGCGGACGCAAAAAUUAUCUUUGUGCUUGGUGGCCCUGGCAGCGGCAAAGGCACGCAGUGCGACAAGAUCAAGCAGGACUAUGAGUGCGUGCACCUCAGCGCUGGUGACUUGCUGCGCGCCGAGGUCAAGAGCGGUAGUGCCGUGGGCAGCAAAUGUGAGGAGCUGAUGCGCGAAGGCAAGCUGGUGCCUUUCGCCGUGACGCUGAACCUGCUGAAGAAGGCCAUGAUUGAGAGCGGCGGCAAGUUCUUCCUCAUCGACGGCUUCCCACGCGCCCUGGACCAGGCGGAGCAGUUUGAGAGCAACAUCAUGCCAUGCAAGGCCGUGCUGUUCUUUGACUGCCCUGAGGAGGAGAUGGAGAAGCGGCUGCUGAAGCGCGGUGAGACCAGCGGCCGUAGCGAUGACAACGCUGAGACUAUCCGCAAGCGCUUCAAGACGUUUCUGGAGCAGUCGCUUCCUGUGAAGGACCAUUACCUGGCUCAGGGCAAGUGCCACGUUGUCAGCGCUGUUCCACACCCCGACGUGGUGUACGAAAGCGUGACGAAUAUUUUGGACAAACUCGAUGCGCCAAAGAAGCAAGCCGCGAAAGCAGAUUCCCCAAGAGCAGCAGUUCCUUCGGAGGACUUCGCGCUGCCCCCAGUACAUGGCAGCCUGCCGGAUGAUGCUCAAAUCAUCUUCGUGCUUGGUGGGCCAGGCAGCGGCAAAGGCACGCAGUGUGCGCAAAUCCUUGAGGAGUACGAAUGCGUGCACCUCAGCGCUGGUGAUUUGCUUCGUGCCGAGGUCAAGAGCGGCAGCGUCGUGGGCAGGAAGUGCGAGGAGCUGAUGCGCGAAGGCAAGCUGGUGCCUUUCGCUGUGACGCUGAACCUGCUGAAGAAGGCCAUGAUUGAGAGUGGCGGCAAGUUCUUCCUCAUCGACGGCUUCCCACGCGCCCUGGACCAGGCGGAGCAGUUUGAGGGCAACAUCAUGCCAUGCAAGGCCGUGCUGUUCUUUGACUGCCCUGAGGAGGAGAUGGAGAAGCGGCUGCUGAAGCGCGGUGAGACCAGCGGCCGUAGCGAUGACAACGCUGAGACUAUCCGCAAGCGCUUCCAUACAUUCCUGGAGCAGUCGCUUCCUGUCAAGGACCAUUACCUGGCUCAGGGCAAGUGCCACAUCAUCAGCGCCGUUCCGCCACCAGGGGAGGUUUUCGAAGUUGUGAAGAAAGUGCUGGACGGCAUUUCCGCACCAAGAAAAUCUGAUGAAAUUGUCCUACCGCCUGUGAAGGGCAGCUUGCCGGAGGAUGCUCAAAUUAUCUUUGUGCUUGGUGGGCCGGGUAGCGGCAAGGGCACGCAGUGCGACAAGAUCAAGCAGGACUAUAAAUGCGUACACCUCAGCGCUGGUGAUCUGCUUCGUGCCGAGGUCAAGAGCGGCAGCGUCGUGGGCAAGAAGUGCGAGGAGCUGAUGCGCGAAGGCAAGCUGGUGCCUUUCGCCGUGACGCUGAACCUGCUGAAAAAGGCCAUGAUUGAGAGUGGCGGCAAGUUCUUCCUCAUCGACGGCUUCCCACGCGCCCUGGACCAGGCGGAGCAGUUUGAGGGCAACAUCAUGCCAUGCAAGGCCGUGCUGUUCUUUGACUGCCCUGAGGAGGAGAUGGAGAAGCGGCUGCUGAAGCGCGGUGAGACCAGCGGCCGUAGCGAUGACAACGCUGAGACUAUCCGCAAGCGCUUCAAGACGUUUCUGGAGCAGUCGCUUCCUGUGAAGGACCAUUACCUGGCUCAGGGCAAGUGCCACGUCAUCAGUGCCGUUCCGCCGCCGGAGGAAGUAUACGAGAAUGUGGUAGCCCUUCUGGACAGGCUUGAGGCGCCAAAGCAGUGAGAACUGAAAGAUCCCCUGUUCAUAUUUAUGUCCCGCAAGGGCAGUGUGGUUUGCAGGAGCCCAGCUGCCUGUAUUGACCGUGCUUGGUGGAGACGGCGAUCUGCUGAUUUAUGCUCACAUUUUUUUACGAGUGUCAUGAGCGAUCACCUUGAUGUUGUUACGCUAGUAGGAAUGAAACAUGAGAGAAUAUGAUAAUUAUGUCGUAUGACCAUUCAUGCGCAUUAUCAAUCCAAUCGGCAUAGGCAUCGUUUUAUGAAGGACUGUGUAUUUUGCAUCGCGGGAUCAGUGGCAUCCAUCCUCCUCAACAUCAUCCUAAUGUGGCAUCUUUCCAAGGCUGCAUCUCAACGUAUUGGACCAUCCUGCAUCGUUGCCGACAUCUCAUGGUUCGAGGAAUGGGGUUUAAUGUAAAGAGAUAUUGCAG